AUGGCGUCCGUGCGGGAGAAGCUUCGGUCUGCGGUGAACGAGCGUCUGUCUGCGGCCGCGGAGGAGAUCUUCGCCCUGGUGGAGAGGACCAUAGAGGAGUAUGAGGAGGAGGUGAACAGGAGCCGUGAGGAGACUCAUAAGGACGCAGGGGUCCAGACGAACCUGGUCUGUCAGAACCUGGAGUGGAAAUACUCAAAAGAACUCCUCUGCAACCCGCCCAAGACCCAGUCCAAGACCCAGACCAAAGAAAGCAGACCCGUACCUCACAUCCUGUUCCAGCUCCAGCCUCAGACCUUGUCUCAGUCCAAUGAGCCCAAAGCCCAACCUCAGAUCCUGCUCCAGUUCCAUCCCCAGGCCCUGUCCAAAAAGGCCGGACCUCAGCCCCAAAUCCAGACCAAACCUAAGUUUCUUUUCCAGUUCCAGUCCUCAACUCCGACCCAGCCCCAGGCUCUGGCACUGCCUCGGCCUCUGGUCCAGUCCCAGGCUCCAACCCAGUCCGUGACUCUGCCCCAGGCUCCGCUACAGUCCCUGCCUCAGGUCCAGUUUGUGAGACUGCCCCAGUCCCGGUCUGUGAGUCUGCCCCAGUCCCGGUCUGUGAGUCUGCCCCAGUCCCGGUCUGUGAGUAUGCCCCAGUCCCAGUCUGUGAGUCUGCCCCAGUCCCAGUCUGCUCCGCCCCAGUCCCAGUCUGUGACUCUGUCCCAGGCUCCGCCCCAGUCCCAGUCUGUGAGUCUGCCCCAGUCCCAGUCUGUGAGUCUGCCCCAGUCCCAGUCUGUGACUCUGUCCCAGGCUCCGCCCCAGUCCCAGUCUGUGACUCUGUCCCAGGCUCCGCCCCAGUCCCAGUCUGUGACUCUGUCCCAGGCUCCGCCCCAGUCCCAGGCUCCAUCCCUGUCCAAGGCUUCGCCCCUGUCCAAGGCUUCGCCCCUGUCCAAGGCUCCGCCCCUGUCCCAGGCUCCGCCCCAGUCCCAGGCUCCCUCCCAGUCUGUGACUCUGUCCCAGGCUCCGCCCCAGUCCCAGGCUCCAUCCCUGUCCAAGGCUUCGCCCCUGUCCAAGGCUCCGCCCCUGUCCAAGGCUUCGCCCCUGUCCAAGGCUUCGCCCCUGUCCAAGGCUCCGCCCCUGUCCAAGGCUCCGCCCCUGUCCAAGGCUCCCUCCCAGUCUGUGACUCUGUCCCAGGCUCCGCCCCAGUCCCAGGCUCCCUCCCAGUCUGUGACUCUGUCCCAGGCUCCGCCCCAGUCCCAGGCUCCCCCCCAGUCCCAGUCUGUGACUCUGUCCCAGGCUCCCCCCCAGUCCCAGUCUGUGACUCUGUCCCAGGCUCCCCCCCAGUCCCAGUCUGUGACUCUGUCCCAGGCUCCCCCCCAGUCCCAGUCUGUGACUCUGUCCCAGGCUCCGCCCCAGUCCCAGACUCUGCCCCAGCCGGAGAUUCAAGCCCAGACCCUGAUCCAGCCGGAGAUUCAAGGCCAGACCCUGAUUCAGCCCCAGCCUGGGACCCAGCGCAUUGAUGAGGUCUGCAUAGAGGGUGAUGCACUCUCUCUCCGUGGGGAUGAGGAACCCCUCAGCUGCUCAGCACUGGAGCGCCAAGCCGAGGAGGAGAUGGAGGCGGAGAAGACCACAGAGGAUCAUGCGACCGAAGAAACCGCAAAUGCAGAAAGCGCUCAACGGCGACGCAGGCGGAGGAAGUACGGCAGUGGCUUUGGGUUGAAGGUAAAGUCCAUGAGUCACCAGUGUCCCGAGUGCGGCAUCAUCCUCAAAGGACACAAGACCAACCUGAAGAGACACCUGAAGCUGCACACGGGGAUCAAACCUUUCAGCUGCUCAGAGUGCGGGAAAAGCUUCGUACACAAGUUCCAGCUGGCAAAACAUCUGAUACUUCACGAAGAAGACUCAUACUCAGAGUCAGAUGAUCAGAAGGAGCUGACUCUGAGCGACAUGGACAUCGAGAAGACGCAGACGGAGGACGGGCUGGAGGCGUUCCAUUGUCCGCUUUGCUACAAACUGUUUAAGAGACGAGCGAUUCUGAAGAAGCACAUCCAGAACCACCCAAAGGUGCCCCGAGGGUCCAGACCCCCACGGCCCAGCGCCGGAGUGACCCCCAUCCAGAUCACCCCACUCCAGUCCAACAGGGACGAGAAGACCGACUCCGGCACUCAGACCUUCUCCUGCGCAGACGUGAAGCCGCCGAGGGCCUACAGCAGCGGCGCUCAGGUGCUUUUCCUGCAGGCGGCGCGCAGUGACGCCAAGAACAAUGAAGCCCUGAGCGCACACAUGGUCUGUGCUGACACCAGCGCAGAGGAGACCAGUGAGGCCACAGCCGCAGUGGGGACCAGCGCGGAGCUGACGGGCGCCGAGAGCCCAGAUCUGAUGACCAGCGCCGAAGACCUGGCUGAGGGCUGCAGUGCUCUGUCUCCUGGUGACGAGGGCCAGAACGUGCCGUACAUCUGCGCCAUCUGCCGCCGCCGCUUCUCCACGAGCACGCGGCUGAAGCGCCACAUGAACGUUCACACCGGGAACAAACCUUACAGCUGUCCAGUUUGUAAGAAGUGCUUCUCCCAGAAAUACAACGUGCGGCUGCACCUCGCCGUGCACACCAACGAGAAACCGUUCAGGUGCGAUGUGUGUCUGAAGAGUUACAGGCGUAAAGACGACCUGCGCACACACAUGUCGACACACACCGGCAACGUAUUGUUCCAGUGCGACAUCUGCAGCGCCACUUUCAAACAGAGGAACUGUCUGACAACGCACAAACGUAUACACACAGGGGACCGGCCGUUCAGAUGCUCCUUCUGCUCACAGACCUUCACUCAGAAGUCGAACCUGAACCGACACCUGCGGAAACACACGGGAGACAAACCGUACCGCUGUCCUGUGUGUCCGCUGCGCUUCCUGCAGAGGAGCGACAUCCGCAGACACAUGGCGGUCCACACCUAG